GCGCGGGCCCCGCCCACCGCCGGUUUCGCUCCCUCGGAGGUCCGACGGCAGCCGGGAUCUGCUGCCCCCCUCCCCCGGCGCGGCUCCCGGGCGCGGACCUGCUGCUCCCAGGCGAUGGCCAUGGCGAGGACGGUGCGGGACCGCCUGCUGGAAGCCCUGGACGACCUGACGGAGGGCGAGCUCCAGCGCUUCAAGGCGAAACUCCGCGACUUCCCGGUGCCGGAGGGCUACAGCCACAUCCCCCGCGGGCGGCUGGAGAAAGCCGGCCCCGUGGCCCUGGCCGACCUCCUCUUCCAAUUCUACACCGAGGCUAAAGCCCCGCAGAUGGCGGCCGGCGUCCUGGAAGCCAUCGGCUGCAAGCCCCAGGCCGAGCGGCUCCUCCUCGGGGCCACGAGGAACGAUGCUUGUAGCAAGGCCCCACUGCCAUUCAUGAGUGCCUCUGCAGUAGGAAAUAGGAUGCAGGCAACAGUCCCACGGGAGCAGCAUUUCAUUGACCGACACCGAGAGGCACUGAUUCAGAGAACCGCCACAGUAGAGGGGAUUUUGGAUAUGCUGUAUGGAACCAUCCUGGAUGACGAGCAAUACCAAGCCAUCUCUGCAAAGACAACCAGCCAGGAAAAGAUGCGGGAACUCUACAAGUUGGUGCCAAGCUGGAACCGUGAUUGCAAGGACAGGCUGUACAAGGCAAUAAAGAUGAAAAACAAGUUCCUCAUUGAUGACCUUGAAGGCCAGCCAUGAGGCAGCAAAGGUGCAACACAAUUCCAGGGCAAAUAGAAUCUGCUAUUUAUA